UAUUAUCCACACUUUUAGAUUUAGCUGUAGUUAAUGUAUAUCUAUUGCUUACCUCUCCAGUAUGGCGUCCUCCAGUGUUUUGCUGAAUGAGGAGCUCCAGUGCUCCAUCUGUCUGGAUGUGUUCACUGAUCCAGUCACCACUCCAUGCGGACACAACUUCUGCAGAACCUGCCUGGACCAGUACUGGACAAACACACACACCUGCUGCUGUCCGAUCUGUAAGGAAAAAUUCAGCAAACAGCCUGAUCUGAAGGUCAACACCACACUGAGAGAGGUGGUGCAGCACUUUAACCAGCAGCUCAGUCUAGGAGAAUCUGAAGUGUUGUGUGACAUCUGUGAAGACAGAAAGCAGAAAGCAGUGAAGUCCUGCUUGACCUGUCAAAGCUCUUACUGUGAGAAUCACCUGGAGCCCCAUUACAGAGUCCCACGCCUGAAGAAACACACACUGAUCAGCGCUGUGGAGAAUCUGGAGGAUUACAUAUGCCCGAAACACGAGAGACCUCUGGAGCUGUUCUGCAGAGAUGAUCAGAUGUGUGUGUGUUUGUCCUGCACUGAAGGAGAACACAAGAGUCACAGCACUGUUCCCAUAGAGCAGGAGAGCCAGCAGAAGAAGAAUCAACUUGUUGAAACACAGACAGGUGUUCAUUGGAUGGUACAGGACAGGAUGAAGAAGAUUCAAGAGAUCCAGCACUCAGUACAGCUGAGAAAGAGCAACACAGAGAAGGAGAAGUCCAGCAGUGUGGAGCUCUUUAAUGGUCUGAUCCUCUCCUUUGAGAGAUGUCAGUCUGAUCUGCUGAGGAUGAUGGAGGAGCAGCAGAAAGCAGCAGAGAAACAGGCUGAAGAUCUGAUAAAGGAGCUGCAGCAGGAGAUCACGGAGCUGAAGAGCAGAAACACUGAGCUGGAGAAGCACAUGCACUCUCGAGAUCAUCUUCACCUCAUACAGAUGUUUUCAUCUUUGUACAGUCGUCCAUACACGAAGAACUGUUCUGAGAUCAGUUUUGACACUGAUGUGAAUGUGAACUCUUUGCAUAGAGCUCUGACAAUACUGAAGAAAACUCAGGAGACACUAGAUGAAAAACUCUGUCAAACUGGGUUGAAGUGGGUACAGAAGUACGCAGUGGAUGUGACUCUGGAUCCUGACACGGCGAAUCCAUUCCUCAUCCUGUCUGAUGAUGAAAAACAAGUCAGUCAUGGAGACAUCGAGUAUGAUGUCCCAGAAAUCCCAGAAAGAUUCGAUUACACUGUUAGUGUUUUAGGGAAACAGGGAUUCAAUUCUGGGAAAUUUUACUAUGAGGUGCAGGUGAAGGGAAAGAAGGAAUGGGAUUUAGGAGUGGCCAGAGAGUCCAUCAGCAGGAAAGAGACAAACCAGCUGACUCCAGCAAAUGGAUUCUGGACCAUGGCUUUGAUUAAUGAGAAUGAAUAUUUAAUUUGUGAUGAUCCAGUGGUCUCUUUCCCUCAGAGAGCAAAACCUGAGAAGGUUGGAGUGUUUGUGGAUUAUGAAGAGGGUUUGGUCUCCUUUUAUAAUGUGAAUGACGGAUCUCACAUCUACUCUUUCACUGCUCAGACUUUCACUGAAACACUCUAUCCAUACUUCAGUCCAUGUCUUAAUGAUGACGGGAAGAACUCAAAGCCACUGAUCAUCACACCUGUCUAUUAAAAUGAACAAGAUGAAAAAGUAUGAAAUCUGAAUGUCUACUUGAUGCAUUUAUAAUUAAUACAAUUGCUUUUGUAUUUCAUUAAUACUUUACUUUUGCAAUUUACUAUCAAAAUCACAAUGUACUAUGGCUGCCAAUAAGCACUGUUAUUCGAUUAAUUCUCUAAUUGAUUAAUCUAUUGACUAUUAAAUACUUUCUAUUACUUUUUAAUGAUAGCAUGGUUUUCUCUGCUAAGGUGACCUGUUUUAAAUAAAGGAAUAAGUGACUGAGUAAUGCUUGAAGCUAUAGGACAUUUACAAUAGUUCAGAACAAAGAACUUUAAUUACCUUUCCCAAUAAAGACACACUUGCUGUAUGUUUUGCUGAGCGAUAUCAGCACAGCACUCGUCAAUCAAUAUUUUCUUUCAUAAUGUCUUCAUAUUUAUCUCAAUAUUUCCGAGCAACUGAUGAUCAAAAAAGUUUGAAGAUCAAUAUUAUAAAUUAUAAAAUGACUUUCUGUUUGAUUUCGGAUUUUGCUCAAAGGGACUUUUUGUGGGUAUUAGCAUGUUUGAUGUGAGUGCCAAUUUUCAUAUGUGUGCAAGUUUCGUAUGUGUUGCUUACAAGAUUAUUGUUGCUGACUGUAAAACAGAUUUAAAGUGAGAAACAAACCUAAUGGAAUAGAAUCAUCUUCAUGAGCCUGUAGAUUUUUUUGCAAAUUUUCAUUGUGCAACACAAAAUUCUAAUGGAGACCAGGAAGAGAUUAUUUUACAUAGGAACUAUUUUUAGGUUGUGCAUUGGUUAUGGAUGCUCAAAUUGGUCAAAACGAGAAACAAUGCUGAGCUAAUAUAGAGUUAAAAAUGUUUUUGCCAGUAAAGGAAAACAUUUCAAGAACUGCCUGAACCAAGAAAAAAGGGGGCUUAAAAUAAACAUUUUUUCAAGCUUGCAUGCAUGUGUAUACAUACUAUAAAUUAAAACCUAAUUAAUCAUUUGACAGCACUAAUAAAUAUAAUAACAGUAUAGAAUUACCAACCUCAAUAAUAUGCUUAUGUCUUAUGAAAAACAGAUACUACAAACAACACACUUAUACAAAAUCUAUGCAAAUGUAAACUUACCUUGCUAUGUAAUUGCAAUGUGCUGAAAGCAUAUUGGUGUAGAAAGGCAUGUCCCGAAUUUGAAUCCCUGCUUGUGGACCUUUCCCAAUCCUAUCCCCCCUCGAUCUUGAUUUCAUGUCCUGUCCAGCUACCUUCCUGUUAAUAAAGACACAACAUCAAAAAAAAAAAAAAAAAAAAGACUUA